AAACUUUUAGAAAUUUCAAGCAUCUGCAUAUAUAAACUGUUUAAUCUAGUCAUAUAAACUUUUAAACACAUGAUCUCGUAUCGUAAUAAACGUAAAGUACUGUGCGCGAUCAAAUAAACGGAUUUCCUAACCCAACUUUCACCUAAUUUGACAUUUUUAGUACACGUCAAAGAAAACUAAAAACACGUAAUUGAAUAUUGUUAUUAAAGUUAAAUUAACACAUAAAAAUUAAACCUGGCAUCUUUUAAGAUGAGACGCGCCCAUGCUGGUAAUUAUUAUGAACCUUUACCACAAAAUUCAAAUGAAAUCGAAGACGAAAAUGAUCGAGUUACGAGUGAAUUACAAGAAAAAAUAGGUGUGUUAAAAUCGCUGUCUAUAGAUAUUGGAAAUGAAGUUAAAUACCAAGAUAAACUACUUAGGGAUAUUGACGAUGAUAUGGACAGAACUGGUGGAUUCUUAGGAACGACGAUGUCCAAAGUUUUAAAAUUAUCAAAAGGUUCUCAUAACUAUUAUAUACUGUAUUUAUUUGUAUUCUCUAUCAUAGUGUUUUUUAUAUUGUACCUCGUGUUAAAAUUUAGGUAGGCAAUAUUAAAUAAUAUUGUAAGAAUGUAUCAUGUUGCAUUAGAAGCAACAUUGUUGAGAUAUAAUUUAAGAACUAUAUAGGAGAUUGGGCUGGGAUUGAGAUUUUUAUAUAAAAAAUGUUAUUCUAAUGUAUAAUUAGUAAAAGUGAAUUCUUAUGUGAACAGUAUCAUCUUGUACUAACCAAGUUUAAUAUUUAAAUGAUUAUUUAAUAUCAAUUAUGAUGAAUUUUUGAAAGUACAACAUUUAUGUAUUCUUUCUAAAAGAUCUGAGUACUUUCAAGUGUUAAUUAAAAUUUGUACAUAUAUGAAAUUAUGGAAAAUUAAUGUUUUAUUUUCUGAUUAACCAAAAUAGUUUAUCUGUUCACCUAAAUAUUAUUACAUCUUUUGCAUUCUUUUUCUAUAUUGGCAAAUGUUCAUGUACAUUUUGUUUGGAUAAUAAAAAAUGUCUUCAAAUUCUUGGGAAUCACAAAAUUUGUAAAUUACUGCACCAUAGUGACCUUUAUAGCAUUUAUAAAGUUUGAGAUAAUUUACUAGUUGAUAAUUAAUUUUUUAAAAGAUAAUAUAUAUUUUUGUUGUUUUCUUUCUCUUUAUAUACUUCAGAAUACUUUAUGUUCACAAAAAUUUACUAAAUAUAUCAAUUUUGUUUUAGUA